UGCACAAUUUAAUUACUCGUCGCUCUCUCAUGAACCGAGUUCGACGCGCCAGAAUUGUCCCUUUCCACCGUGAUGAAGGCGCGAAACUUGUCGUGCAUCCAAACAGGUGUGCUGCAAAAGACAGAGAAGCCGCACUGGCAAAAUGCGCCGCUCCUCCCGACUGCCCCGCACUCACACUCACACGCCUACUCACCCACAGACACCAGCAGACAGGCAGACAGGCAGUCGCAGGGAAACACGAAUUCAACACCAUCGCGCUAGUCAGUUAAACAUACACCACAGAUAGGUAAGACGGGCGCACCAUUCUGGUCACCACAGCACAACACACACGCGAGCCGCCAGCACCCGCCCAGCCGCCCGCCCACCAGCUAUGCAUCUGAUACGCAUCUGAUUCUCUUCUAUAUACAGGCAAAAUCGCGCGUCGCGCGUACGGCAAAAACAACCACGCGCCCACCCACUCGUCUUGUCUUCCCCCCUCUCGUCUACAUCACAGCUCGUGCUUGACCAAAGCACAGGAGCGCUCGUCGUACGCUUUGUCCUGCAUCAGCGUGUCGAAUAUGGACAUGGUCUGCUGGAACGCGUUGCUGUGGUACUUGGGAGCCGGAAUCAGCGUCAUCUGUCCGUUGACCUCCUUCUGCGGGAUGGCGUCGAGGAUGCGGUCGGUCAGCUCGACAUGGCACACCUUGAGCGAGUCGUAAGUCUUGACGACCUAAAGUAGACCAGGCGUUAAAAAAUAGUCUUGAGGAGUGAGCGUCUGCCUGAACGUUAAUCCUAUUACAUCAGGCGGCACGGUGUUGCGCAGGUCCGUCAGACCCUUCUUCUGGUCCUUGUGCUCCAGCGCAUUGAGGGCAUCCGGACCCCUGCACGCAAAUACGACAGCAACACAGGCCGGCAUGCAGUGUGCGUGUUGGCGUGUAUGGUGUGUCAGCGUACCCGAGGUAGGGCAGCAGGUUGGACUUGACAUGCUCCACUGUCUUGGACUCGCCACUGUUGAGCUCAGACAGCAUCUGCAAGCGACAAGGGAGAGAGGGGAGAGCGUGUGGUGGAUCCGAGCACGUAUCGUACUCCUGCCCGGCUGCAUGCAAAUCGCUCACCUUGACGAGGAAUGUCCCGCCAUAGCACCUGCACAUGCAUGCUAUCUAUCAUGCAAUGGCGUGUUGAUGGCUGUGCUUACGUGAUUGUAGUUUGCGGCGUGCCAUCAUAGUCCUUGCAUAUGUCUUGGGUCUGCUCCACACGACCGUGGCAGGUGCCGCAGAGGAACAAAGCGAUGGCAACGAUGCACGAAACACUUCUCGCCAUUGUAGCAACUCACGACGUAGUAGUGGCACGUGGUUAAUGCGGUGUUCCGGCG